AUGCCUAGAAUAUCACACUAUAAUAAUAUCAAUAAAGAUAAUAAAAAGUCAUAUAUAUAUCAUCAGCCUAGUAAUAUAUACCUUAUAUAUUUUAGUAGAGAAUAUAUUCUAAUUCUUAUCCUUCCUUUUAAGAAUAUACUUAAAUCUAUACUAGACUACUACACCUAUAACCUAGCCAUAGGUAAAUACAGGUGGAAAGAUAGGUAUAAGGAUAGCGGCCAGCUUAAAUCAUCCUAUAAUCGUGAAGCAGUAGUACUACUAGCCGCUAUUACGCCUUAUACUAUAGAGGGGACUAAUGGGGAAAGCUGCGGGGGCCUGAAAGCUGAUGGUGGAAAGAUUUAA